CGAGGGCAUUAAAGUAAUUAACUCAACUAGGGUUUUUUUAACUGGACUAUUCACAAAUAUUUCUGUUGAGCGGCUUUCAGUUGUACCGCCGUUUCUCCCUCUGCAAUCAAUAGAGGACUCACCGGAACCUUAGUAACCACCGCCUGCAAUCAUGGGUAUUUCACGGGACUCGAUGCACAAGAGAAGAGCCACUGGAGGCAAGAAGAAGUCUUGGAGAAAGAAGAGAAAGUAUGAGCUUGGAAGACAACCAGCAAAUACUAAGUUGUCAAGUAACAAAACAGUAAGAAGGGUGAGGGUUCGUGGAGGUAAUGUGAAGUGGCGUGCCUUGAGGUUGGACACUGGAAAUUACUCUUGGGGUAGUGAAGCUGUGACCAGGAAGACUCGUAUACUUGAUGUGGUUUAUAAUGCAUCAAACAAUGAGUUGGUUAGGACCCAGACUUUGGUGAAGAGUGCAAUUGUUCAAGUGGAUGCUGCACCAUUCAAGCAGUGGUAUCUUCAGCAUUAUGGUGUUGACAUUGGUCGCAAGAAGAAGACAGCUGCCAAGAAAGAAGAAGAUACUGAUGCUGCUGCUACUGAAGAGACGAAGAAGAGCAACCAUGUCCUGAGAAAAAUUGAAAAGCGUCAACAGGAUCGCAAGCUUGACCCCCAUGUUGAGGAGCAAUUUGGUAGUGGCCGUUUACUAGCUUCAAUCUCUUCACGUCCUGGACAGUGUGGGCGUGCUGAUGGAUAUAUUUUGGAGGGCAAAGAAUUGGAGUUUUACAUGAAGAAACUCCAGAAGAAGAAGGGAAAGGGUACCAGUGGUGCUGCCUAAUCUCAAAUUUUUGCCACCAGAAAUGUCAUCUUAUUAUACCAUUCACUUUUUCCAUUCCAAAUUUCUCUAGUUUUCGAGAAUUAGACUGAACUUUUCAAUUGUCAUGCUAAAUCAAUUUUUGUGAAGUGGUGUGUUAAAUCUUUUCUUUUGGGAAUUGCAUUCUUCUUAUUUCU